CCGAGAACUCACUACUAAACGCCAAUCAAGCAGCCAGACUUAUGCCUUUCCCAGGCUUCAGGCCCCGGCGUCUGACUUUGACUUACAAGGGAUGAUGGCUGGGGCGAACGGGAGGAGGAGAAAUGCUUGCUUGGCCCCCAAACCCUUUAAGGGCUAGCAGAGAGGAGAGGAGCCCACCAAGGCGCAGGUGGCUAUUGGUGACCAUCCUAAAGCUCCAAGGUGACCAAAUUGCCACAGGACGACGCCUGCGCAGUGCGUCCCAAGGCUCAAGCGAAGCCGGGACUGGUAGAGGGAGGAGCCACUGGGUCGCAAAACUAACAAGCCCCACGAGGUUUCGAGGACCCGGAUGAUCCCGCCCCCAGAGCGGAGCCGGAAGAGGGCGGGACGAACCGGAAGAAGGUGAAAUGCUGUCGGUAGGCAAGCCAUGGCUGUGAAGAUGGCGGCGGUUGCGUGGCUUCAGGCGCUGCCUGCCAUUCUGCUGCUUCUGGGGGCUCAGCCGUCCCCAUUGUCUCUCUUCGGUAUAGGACCGGCACCCGUCGCUGCUGCCGACCGAUCCAAGUGGCACAUUCCGAUGUCUUUGGGGAAAAGGUAUUUUAGUUUUGGAAAGAUCCUCUUCAAAAAUACGACUAUCUUUCUGAAAUUUGAUGGAGAACCUUGUGAUGUACCUUUGAAUGUAACCUGGUAUCUGAAAAGUGCUGAUUGUUACAAUGAAAUCUACAACUUCAAGGCAGAAGAAGUGGAGACAUAUUUGGAAAACCUUAAGGAAAAAAAAGGCUUGUCUGGGAAAUAUCAAACGUCAUCAAAAUUGUUCCAGAAUUGCAGUGAACUCUUUAAAACACAGAGCUUUUCUGGGGAUUUUGUGCAUCGAUUGCCUCUUUUAGGAGAAAAACAGGAGGCUAAGGAGAAUGGAACAAAUAUUACCUUUACUGGAGACAAAACUGCAAUGCAUGAUCCAUUGACAACUUGGCAAGACGCACCAUACAUUUUUAUUGUACAUAUUGGCAUUUCAUCCUCAAAAGACAAUCUACUAGGUAUUAAUCUUUUUACUAUGACUGUUGAAGUGAAGGGUCCCUAUGAAUACCUCACGCUUGAAGAUUAUCCAUUGAUGAUUUUUUUCAUGGUGAUGUGUAUUGUAUAUGUCCUGUUUGGUGUUCUGUGGUUGGCAUGGUCUGCCUGCUACUGGAGAGAUCUCCUGAGAAUUCAGUUUUGGAUUGGUGCUGUCAUCUUCCUGGGAAUGCUUGAGAAAGCUGUCUUCUAUGCAGAAUUUCAGAACAUCCGAUACAAAGGAGAAUCUGUUCAAGGUGCCCUGAUCCUUGCAGAGCUGCUUUCAGCAGUUAAACGCUCACUGGCUCGAACUCUGGUCAUCAUAGUCAGUUUGGGAUAUGGCAUAGUCAAGCCUCGCCUUGGAGUCACUCUUCACAAGGUUGUGGUAGCUGGAGCCCUCUAUCUUUUUUUCUCUGGCAUGGAAGGGGUCCUCAGAGUUACUGGGUAUUUUUCUUAUCCCUUGGCUCUGAUAGUAAACGUGGCCCUCUCAGCAAUUGAUGCCUGUAUUAUUUUAUGGAUAUUUAUUAGCCUGACUCAAACAAUGAAGCUCUUGAAACUUCGGAGGAACAUUGUAAAACUCUCUUUGUACCGACAUUUCACCAACACGCUUAUCUUGGCAGUGGCAGCAUCUAUUGUGUUUAUCAUCUGGACAACCAUGAAGUUCAGGAUAGUGACGUGUCAGUCGGAUUGGCGGGAGCUGUGGGUGGAUGAUGCCAUCUGGCGCUUGCUGUUCUCCAUGAUCCUCUUUGUCAUCAUGGUUCUUUGGCGACCAUCUGCAAACAACCAGAGGUUUGCCUUUUCACCAUUGUCGGAGGAAGAGGAGGAGGAUGAGCAAAAGGAACCUAUGCUGAAAGAAAGCUUUGAAGGAAUGAAAAUGCGAAGUACCAAACAAGAACCAAAUGGAAAUAGUAAAGUAAACAAAGCACAGGAAGAUGAUUUGAAGUGGGUAGAAGAGAACGUUCCUUCUUCUGUGACAGAUGUAGCACUUCCAGCCCUUCUGGAUUCAGAUGAGAUUGGCCCUGAGUUAACAUCUGUGCCCAUCUUCCUUUACUUUAUCUGUGUGGGAUACCUGCCACAGCAUGGCUUGACAAGUGGUGUGUACAUCUGCACCUGGAAUCUGAACCGGCGAAUCCCUGGCCGCCAAAGCAGAGAACGAAUGAUCACACACUUUGAAAGGUCCAAAAUGGAGUAAAGAAUGGGAAGAUGUGCAGUUGAAGAUGGCUAGUAUCUGGGAAGAGAUCAGCUUCUGUGUCAGUCUUUACACUACCCCAUGGGAUUAAAGGAGGCAGCGACAUCCUGAUCUGUUCCUUGAUCUUUGUGCAUUGGAGCUGGCCAGAGGUGUCAGAGCAAGGAGGACUUCUCAUUGAAAACAAGUUCAUAGGAUGAGAAAAAUCUACAAGUUUCUUAUUUACAACAUUGAUGCCCCUUUCCCUGCCAUACUCUGACAUGGAUGUUUAUGCAACUUAUGUAUGUUGUUCCUGAGCCUUCUGUAAUGUUUAAAUUGUUUAAUCUGUCAGACUAAAAAGUUUAACAUCUUCUAAAGAACUGUGACAUCAACACCGUAAUAUGUAAUCUCCAGGAGCAACUGCCUGUAAUUUUUAUUUAUUUAGGGAGUUACAUAGGUGAUGGGGGAAAUUGUAAAUUAUCUUUCCAUUUCCUGGGAAGCCAAGGUAACAUCUUGCAGAGGUAGUUUUGAGAAAAAAAAAAGAGUCCUGAGUUAAGGAGCCAUGGUUCUAUGAAUGAUGAAAAGGACAGCAAAAAAAAAAAGAAACUGUUACAGUAUGAUUCACAUCAUUUAAAAAAGCAAAAUCAAGUGCAAUUUUGUUUACAAAUGGUGUAUAUUAAAGAUUUUUCUAUUUCAGAUGUACUUUAGAGAGAAAUAUUAGCUUAACUCUUUUGACAUCUGCUAUUGUGACACAUCCCAUUGCUGGCAAUGUGGUGCACACUCCCGAACUUUUAACUACUGUUUUGUAAGCCUCCGAGGGCAGCACUGCAGAGACCUAGGCAAUGCUUUGUUUGCCUUCUGCCAUUCACUGGGUGAUGCACUCCGCGCAGAGAGGCACUCCAUCAAAGUGCUUGUGAGUGAGCACCCUGCUAAAGGGACUAAUGCUUCACAAGCAGGAGCUAACACAAAGGAAACUGGUUCUCCUGGCUUAAUUUAAACAGUUUUUCCUGCAUGAAGUAGUGUGGAGGCCCUGGACUGCUGCUCAUCCUUUAGAUCGACUGUUCUUGUAUCUGGUAUUGGUUUAGAGACUGUUUAUAAGAGACAUCACAAGGUGAUGGGAUUCAUUGGAAGCACUAUAUUUCUGUUUUAAUGGUUUUGUCCACUUUUGCCUUCUCAAGAUUUUUGUUCUACAUAGAAAGUUCAUGCCACUUUUUAAUAUAAAAAAAAUUUUAACAAAAUUAA